AUGGAAAGGGUAUUUGCUGCUUGCUGGAGAUCAGCUACAAGAGAAUUGCAGCGUCGUGAUCAGCACAACCCCAAUGGCCCUAGUCUGUCAGAAGCUAUUUUGCCUAAUGUUGGAUCAAGUAGCGAUCUCAAUAUUCCUGAGCCGCCCCCUCUUCCACAAACAAACCUACACACUACUCAUGUUAGAUCAAAUCUAACAAUUAGGUCUUCUGCAUGCGGCUAG